AGGAAUACUUUUUCCAAUUGUCCAAUUAUUUAAAUAAACUUCUAAGAUGAAUAUUUUAUUUCAUUUUUUUUACUCUCUCUUCCGUUUUGGAUGUCUAACAACUUUUUAAACUUAGGGAGAAUUUUAGUUCUUACUCGUAUUUUGGUAGAUAAAUCGGCCCUCAACUACUUUCUAUCCUAAAAGAUCCGAACCAACGGAUAAACCGCUUCCAUGGCCGCAAACAUCUCUUGCUCUCUCCUCCUCUCCCAGUCCCCCGCCACCAUCCCCAUCCAUUCUCUCUACGCAGCCACCAAACCUCCAUUCCUCAUUUCCCGAACCCCCAAAUCCACGAGACCCAUCACCAGAGUCCACGCGUCCUCCAAGCCGUCUCCGCCCUCCGCCGCCGUCGCCAAACCCACCCAAGAAACCGUCUUUUUCGACGGCGGAUCUCACUACGGAGACCUCGUAGCGAACCUUCUUCUGGGUUUCACUGUUCUUUGGCUGCCGCUGUCUCUGGCCGCACUAAUCAGAGCCUUCAAUCUCAGGUACAGAUUCUCGAAUCUGAGGGUCACUGUGAUCUCAGGUCUCACAGGGAAGGGCAGAGUCGACUUUUCCUACAAGGUAAUCAAGGAGGUUCAGGUUGUGCCUAGGUUUAUAGGAGAGUGGGGAGAUAUAGUCAUCACUCUCAAGGAUGGGACUAAGGUUGACUUGAGAAGUGUCCCAAAGUUUAGAGAAAUUGCCAAGUAUUGCCUCUCCAUGACUGACCAGCCAGUCCUUUUGAAGGACACUAACCCUAAAAGGUUUUGAUGGAAAGACAAAAAAAUUUGAUUUUGUUGUGUGGUUCAAUACUUUAGUCACAUUGUGAGGUAUGUAAAAAAAACACUCAUUCCAAAUUCUUGUGAAGAAAAUGAAUUUGUAUCUCUAAU